CUCUCUGAACAGUGGUACGGUCCGUGUCCUGCUCAGAGGAGGGAGGGUCAACAUGGCGUCCGAGCAGGAAAGCUCCAACGGGCCAGUGAAGAAAUCCAUGAGAGAAAAGGCCAUAGAAAGACGUAACAUCAACAAGGAACACAACAGUAACUUCAAAGCCGGCUAUGUGCCCAUCGAAGAGGAGCGUCUUCACAAAACAGGCCUCAGAGGACGCAAGGGAAACAUGGCUGUUUGCAUUAUUGUCCUCCUCUUCCUCCUCGCCCUCAUCAACCUCAUCAUCACGCUGGUGAUCUGGACCGUGAUUCGCAUCGGCCCAAAUGGCUGCGACAGCAUCGAGUUCCACGAGAGCGGUCUGCUGCGCUUCAAGCAGAAAGCAGACAUGGGAGUGGUCCACCCGCUGCACAAGAGCACAGUCGGAGGCCGUAAGGACCAGGACCUGGUCAUUGUAGGAAACAACAACCCAGUUGUGUUCCAGCAAGGGACGACAAAGCUGAGUGUGGAGAAGGACAAGACCUCGGUUGUCAGUGAUGUGGGCAUAUCCUUCACAGACCCUCGGACUCAGGCCACAUUCUUUAGCACGGACUUUGAAAAUCACGAGUUCCAUCUGCCGAAGGGAGUCAAAGUCCUCAGUGUUAAAAAGGCUUCGACUGAAAGGGAAAACAGCAUCAUUCUGAACGGAUCAGUCAUGUUCAACGCUACACGGAUCCCCAACUCUGCAGGAGACUUGUUUCUCAAAGAUGGUCUGGAGAGGUACAAGCUCUGCAUGUGUGAAGACGGGACUCUGUUCCGUGUGCUGGUGAAAUUUACCAACAUGGGCUGCCAGACGUCAGACAACCCGUGCAGAAAGGAUCACUAGGUCUGUUGCUCCAUCCCUGCAGAAACAAGAAUAAACACUUACAGAUGUGUGUAAUCUGGACUGACAUGCCGUUUUUAGCUCAUCGCCUGCACUUCAUCACUCUACAGUUAAUGACAGUUUGCCAAACAUAGGUUGGGCUGCAGAUUAUUGCCUUUUGGCCAAAGAUUUUGGUUGCACUUAAUGAAGUUUUGCUCCUCAGAUUUGCCCAACUUCAUCUAAAAUGAACACCUCAGGAGAAGGUGAAGCUGAAAUAUUAUCGACUUACUGAUGCACAUUUAGCAAGGGUUUAUUGAAGUUGUUUGUUGUCAUUAAAUUCACUUGGCAGCUGUGUUUUAUGUCCACCUUGUUGAGUGACUUCUGUAAAACACUACAGGAAAAUUAAAGUAUUAUUUAAUGCUUUA